UCCAGCCGCCAGCAACCAGAUUCGACACUCUAGGGUUUCAUUUCUUCCUCUGCGUUUCUCUCUCGCGCGCUCACACACAGGAAUCGUUCUGCAGAUUCGCAAGAAUCGAAGGCCGUCUUCUGUCUCUAUUUUCUGAUCGGAAAUCGAAGGUCGUUUCGUUUGUUGUGGCUAUUUGCUGAUAGGAAGUCGAAGGUCCAUCUGAAAAUUGCAGGUAAUUAUUAUAGUGCAUUGGAAAGAGUUUCUUCUACCACUCUCAACUAAUGGGAUUAUGUGACUAAAUUCACAUUAAUUAUUAAGCUCACUCUCCAAUCAUUACAAAGACACCAUGAAUUUUAUCAUGCUUUCUCGAACAAUGCGCAGUUGUGGCGUGCUUCGCGAAAUAACAGGAUCCUUGCAAUGUCGCUCCUUCCAAACCGACUUUAUCGCAAGAGAUCCCAAGGCCAAGCCCAUAAAGUACAAGUAUCCUGAUUUCUAUAAUCCAUAUGGCCCUAGACCACCACCUUCUGAUAAAAUUGUGGAGCUUGCAGAACGUAUUGCUGCUUUACCAUCUGAAGAACGGGUUCAAAUUGGUCCCACUCUCAGGGAAAAGCUUCUUCAUCCUAAGAUGCAAGUGAUAGCUACAGAAGGCAUGGAUUUAGGUGGUGCCCAGGGAGGGUCGGCUGGACCUGCAAAAGAGGAAAAGAAAGCUGAAAAAAUAGCAUUUGACAUCAAGUUAGAGAAAUUUGAUGCAGCCUCGAAAAUCAAAGUGAUUAAAGAGGUACGAGCUUUUACAAAUCUAGGGUUGAAGGAAGCCAAAGAUCUGGUGGAGAAGGUCCCUGUCAUACUUAAACAAGGGGUUACAAAGGAGGAAGCCAAUGGUAUAAUAGAGAAGAUAAAGGCUGUUGGAGGAGUGGCUAUUAUGGAGUGAAGCUUUGCGGUUUUCAUGUAAGGUAAUUGUGUUCAAUUUAUGAAGUGAAUCUAGGCUUCCUCUUUUUUCUGUUGCUCCUUAUUUAACUAUGAUGCCAUCUUUUUUGUUGAGAAAUUGGAGUUAUAUCUCGAUUCUAUAACCAGAAAUUGCCAAAAUUGUAGUUGUACUUGAUUUUAUUUUUGGAAAUUUGGUAAAAACUAUAGUUGGGUGGUUGGAUCAUGAUCCCACAUUUUCUAGAAAUAAAUAAAUUUGUGUUUGGUGUAA